AUGGAAACAGAAUUCAAUAUCAACGAAUUCGUAUCGCCCUCCUCCCAAGGCUACAUAGGUGCAUCGGCUCUAGGUCUCAUUGGCGCUUACUGGUAUACUUCAUCAUCUGCGCAAAAUUCCAAAAAGCCAAAAGCUCAAACAAGUCGUCCCAACACUAUGACUAACGACUCCAUUAUCAAUCCUAGUUUAUUCACUGGAUACUGGCAUCAUGGUCAAUAUGUUUCUAUUCUUCGAAAUACGCCCUCGCCGUCAAGUAAAUCCGACAUCAAAAAGAUGCUUGAUGCUCGAGGACGGCAUCGCUCAGGCGCUUACAUGAAGCUUAAAGGGAUUGCCGAUGCUGGUGCUGGAAAACUGAUCAAAGCACCACUAUCAGGCUUCGACUGCUGCUUUGUACGCACAGAAUACCUCGGCAACAGAGUCCGAGACGCCUCUGAUGUCCGCGUCCACCAACGUGAAGAAAUCCAAGAAGUCCCGUGGGGUAUAACCCUCCCGAACGACAACUCACGUAUUGGUGUAAUCACAUCCGAAGCAGAUCUCGUAAUCGACCAAACAGUAAAGGAGAAAUACGUAUCUGAAUCCGUCAUCCAGGCUGGUUGUAAAGUGCUUGUCCUUGGAUGGGUCAAAGAAAGUGUAGCUGGUGUGCUUACAAUCUCAAAGCCUAUGAUGAAAUGGUUUGUUAUCUCUACAAAGAGUGAAGACCAGAUGGUGGUGGGGUAUCAGAGGAUGUGGAUUCUUUAUUGUGGGACUGCGCUUUUGUUUUUGGGAGCUGGAGGUGUUGUUGCAUUGAAGACUCUGAGGGCUGUCAUGCAGGAUGGUGCUGCAUCGACGAUACGAGUAUGA